AUGACAGCAACAAGCGGUGUGGGACCGCAAGGCGCAAGGCUACGCCACAGAGGCACUGCGGCGGCGACGGUGGUGGUGGUGGUGGUGGCAAUGCUGCUCAUUGGCCUCUUGGAUCAUGGCGCGGCCACGUCAACUGACACCAAUGAUGAUUCCCCGACGUCAAUUCCACAAGCGGUCUUCAGCACGGUCGGGCCCGCACACACCCAAUCGACCUCCACCAGCUCGACGAAGCUACCCAAACUCACGCAUGCGGGCAUCAACGGUGAACCCAUCGUCUUUGACAACAAGGAUCUUUUGACCUACGGCGCCAUUAAUUACACCCAUGCCGAGCUCACGCUGGCGCUCGCCUUGGCCAAGAACAAAACCGAUGAAGACUUUCCCGUCCGGGGCAAGGUGAAGAAGAGCGCCAUGCUCAAACCAACCAACCUUACCUCUGCCCUCUACACGCCAGAGGAGGUGGCUGCCAUGCGCGAGCACCUUCAGCUAGGUCGCUGGAGUCUUCCUGAUAUUGGCCGCACGUACCCAGAGCUGUGCAACCGGGAAGUGGAAGCCGAAACCGUGGUUGCCUGUGGUAACAGCGACCACAUGUAUCCUGAAGAGGUUGCCCGCUUCGACUACUACUUGCCAAAAUCCUUUGAAGAGUUUUGUCACCUAGGGUACCCGCAGGUUCACAAUUACAGUUCACCUGAAGAGCGCAUGUCCAUCAUCCGCGAUCUAGCAGAGCGGUUUCCCACCGAAGGGGCCGUUGGGGUCGAGGACAUCCAUCCCUACCCCAUGUGCCAUGCCAUGUGUCCGAUUCCUGAAGACCAUCCAGUUGUGGCUCCCAUUGCCUACUACCAGCGUUAUCACGAACAUUACUUGCGCAUCAACCAGAUGUUCAACGUAACCGAACCUCACGACAAGCUGGCCUUUUCCAUGCCCAAGUUUUGGACCACCAACAAGCCCAUCCACACCGGAUUGCACUACGAUUCGGCAUACAACAGCCUUACCAUCCUCAGUGGCGUUAAGCACGUGGUGCUUUUGCCCCCCACAGAUCGCUCUCACGUCUAUCCGGUGGCCAUGGACAAGCUCUUGGAGGCCCCCAAGCGCGACGCUGUCAAGUUUAACUUACGAUUUCGGAUGGCGGAGGCGCUCACCGAGGUGGACGAUGCGCUGUUGCGCUCGCGUUCAACCUAUCAUUGGACUCGGCGAAUUGCACGGGAGCAGUACACUUUGGCUAAUCGGCUCCUAUCUAUUGAAGAGGAUGCCCAAUAUCUGCGCGAGUUUCAUGCCUUUUACCCGCAGCUCCCGCUAUAUGCCAACUUGCGCUGUGGACGCUGGUACGCCGCGCGAUUUGAUGGCUGCGUGCACUUUAAAAGCACGGAUGGUCAUCGCAACGUCUGGCACUUGGCCCAUCGGCGUUUGAAUUUGCAUCUCAUAGCCACGCUCCGCCAGCACGGGGCAGUCCUGGUGGCUGACGCCACGCGCAAGGGUCGAACUCUGCCGGAUAGCUUUAGCCGCACCCUGCCCAUUUGGGCCGCAGUUAUUUCCAUGCUCGCCGAUCGUCUUCGCCGGCAGCAGGGACUACCAGGCCUGCACCCUGCGGGCGGCAGUCAAAUGUCGUCGCAGGCGCAUGGCCAGGAUGAUGACGCAACAAGUACAGACCAUGCAUACCCACCAGAGGCCUGGUUGCACAUGCCACCCACAACCGUGCCCCCGUCGGAGCAGGCUCAGGUCGCUGCUGUCCUUGAGGAUCGCUUGCAGGCUUUACUCGCGGCGCCGAUCGACCUAAGCGCGCUCCUCGCCUUGGACCGACCGAUCCGUUGCCUAUGGUUUCAUCGAGGACAGCUGCUGAGCGAAGAUUUCCUUCCCAUGUUGCAGCAACCCGAUGCGUAUGUGGUAGCCUGUGUCUGCGUGUCAGAGCCCGUGGACGUGGUGCAGCGGCCCGGCUUUCUCUACAUUCAAGGGGCAGGCGAUGAUGAGGAAAUGUGGUGCGGCCGCCUCGAGCCUGACCUGUUUUGGCGUCACGCACCACACCUGCUGGAGCUGUGCCGAGAAGGCCAGUCUGACGCUGCCAUCUUGGAGGCUGCCCAGCGCUGUCAGGCAGCCGACCCGCUGGCGGUUAGCAAUUCAGCAGAGCCCCCCAGCCUGUCCAUACCCGAGACCCACUUUUGGCUGGGAGACCCCGCCACGCUCACGCUAGCAGAACCCACGAAUGCCGCUGGCGCGGCAAGUUCACACAUUCCUCGCGUUGUCAUCCAUAGCACUGCAGCCGGUUAUUCAAAAGCACCGGGUCAGGAUUGCUGGCACUGGUCCUUCGCCGCCUCUGGUGCACAGCCAGGCUUGACAGCCUUUCUUGCAGAGCACCCGGUGACGCAUGUCAACGCGGCACUACCUCCCGCCAAACGACACCGCUACGAGCUUCGCGACAUGGCCCCAGCUCUGUUGGAGCUGCUGCGGGAAGCGCAGUCAGCGUCGGCCUUCAUCUGUUUUGCAGACGAUAGUCGUGAGCGGUGCGUGCUUCUUAGCUGCAUCCACCGAACGGUGUUGGGCCUUUGGGGCUUGCCGGCCUGA